AUUGAACCGUUUAAAGCGGCGUACACUCACAACUUUUCUUGAUUAUCAAUUGUGAUAUAAUUCGAUCAACACAUUAGCUAGACAUGGCAAAGGUGAACGGAAUUCAGAACGAAAUAAAAGAGUCGGCCUUAGACCUAAUUGGGAAUACGCCUAUAGUCGCGCUCGAUCGCUUACACCCAGGGCCAGGUAGAAUACUAGCGAAAUGUGAAUUCAUGAAUCCUGGAGCAUCGAUAAAAUGCAGAUCUUCGUUGCAUAUGAUAAACAAGGCCAUAGAAAAGGGACUGCUGAAACCUGGUCAAUCCGUUCUGGAAGUUACAUCUGGCAACCAAGGAUGUGGUCUAGCAGUCGUCUGUUCUGUAAUGGGACACCCCUUAACUGUAACAAUGUCGAUGGGGAAUAGUGCUCAACGAGCUAUCCACAUGGAAGCCCUUGGUGCUAAAUGUGUGCGAGUACCUCAAGUUGAAGGAACAUACGGCAAUGUCACCCUCGCCGACGUUAAAGCAGCUGAGAAAGAAGGUUUACGCUUAGCUGAAGAAAUUGGCGCUUAUUAUGUGAAUCAGUUUAAUAAUGAAGAUAAUGCAAACUCUCAUUAUUGUACGACGGGACCUGAAAUUUGGAGACAAACCGGCCACCGCGUCGACGCUUUUGUAGCUACGGUCGGCACAGCAGGCACAUUUACUGGUUCAUCGAGAUUUUUGAAGGAGAAAAACCCAAAUAUUCAAUGCUACGUCGUGGAACCUGAGGGUUCGCAACCUAUUCGGGGCUGCGCUAUUACGAAACCGUUGCAUUUAUUGCAAGGUUCCGGUUACGGGUGCGUUCCUAAUUUGUUCAAUUUUGAAACAAUGGAUGGCACCCUCAGUGUGACAGAUGAAGAAGCAUCGAAAUAUAUGAAACUUAUUGGAGAGAAAGAAGGUCUCUACGUAGGUUAUACGAGCGGUGCCAAUGUUGCUGCUGCUGUUAAGUUGUUAAACUCGGGUACAUUGCCUGAAGACGCAUGGGUGGUAACGCUUCUCAACGACAGUGGCUUAAAAUAUACGCCAGUACCAGAGUCUUUAAGUGGUAAUAGUAAUAAUGCUAAUUCAGAUUGAAUUUAAUUUUAUUACUCACGCAAUAGUAAAUAAUAAUGAAUAUAAGGUCUUACAAAGCGCUUACGUUUGAUAACGAGAAAGUUAUUAACCAAGUACCUAUAUCACAAAUAGCAUUAUUUAGUGACAUCGAGAUAAGCGUGAUGUUUGUUGUUAUUUUUUUUUUCGCUUAUUUAACUGAUAAUACGUAACUUAUAUAGUUUAAUGCAAAAGAUGUUUAAUAAUUAAUUUAUUUAUUUUAGAUUUAAAUAAACACAAAUUAUUGUAUCUAUAUAUUUUAUUAAUCUUAACAUAUUUAUGUACAUACAAUAACAAUACUCAUAGCAUUCUAUUUAUACUUUUAUAUUUUUAUAACGUUAAUUAUUAAAGACUAAUUUUUAUUUGUA